AUGGCUACCGUGGCCACGAACAAUUUCUCUGAUGAUAAUAAGUUAGGGGAAGGUGGAUUUGGUCAAGUUUACAAGAAUGUACAUUCCAUCGAUUCAUUGAUUGAAGGUUGUUCUCAGGGUAUACUUUCAAAUGGUCAAGAAGUAGCUGUGAAGAGGCUUUCAAGGAACUCUGGCCAAGACCCUGAGAAACAAGGACAAUUGGAUUGGUCAAGACGUUAUAAGAUUAUUGCAGGGAUUGCUCGAGGAAUAAUGUACCUACAUGAAGAUUCCCGACUUAGAAUUAUACAUCGUGAUCUCAAGGCUAGCAAUAUAUUGUUAGAUGGGGAGAUGCAUCCAAAAAUAUCUGAUUUUGGCAUGGCCAGGAUUUUUGGGGUUGAUCAAACUCAAGCAAACACAAGUAGAAUUGUUGGAACAUAUGGCUAUAUGUCUCCAGAGUAUGCAAUGCAUGGACAAUUUUCUGUCAAGUCCGAUGUAUAUAGUUUCGGUGUUUUACUGCUAGAAAUCAUAAGUGGCAAGAAGAAUAGUUAUUUCUUUCAAACUGAUGCAGCUGAAGACCUCAUGAGCCAUGCUUGGAAACGAUGGAGAGAUGGGACGCCUUUGGAAUUGUUGGAUCCGAGUAUGAGAGAUUCUUAUUCCAGGAGUGAAAUUAUAAGGUGUAUGCAUAUCGGCUUACUUUGUGUUCAGGAAGAUCCAGCGGACAGACCUACGAUGCAGUCCGUAGUUCUCAUGCUUAAUAGCUACUCUGUGACUCUGCCAUUACCUGAACAGCCAGCAUUUUUCCUUCGAAGUCGAACGGAGGGGAACAUGCCAAAUAUAACUUCGGAGUCUGAUCUAUCUAUCAGUAAGUCAACUCCAUCCGUUGAUGAAGCAUCUAUCACUGCAGUAUACCCUAGAUAG